GCGACGAGAACCAAUCAGAUAGAGCCAUAUUCAGCUCCACAGAAACAUCUUCGGUUGUUGAGGAACUCAAUCAGUGACGCAUUGAGGGCAGGUUUUGACUUUAAGCGUCCUUAGCUACCUGGUUUUUUCCUGCUUAUCUGAGGCAGGCGGCUGUUCCAGCUCAUGAACACAGCUCUUUACAUGUGCAAACUUCUGCACUUACAUGCAAGUGACUGUGGAGAACAUCUCUGCGCCACGGUGCGCCUCCAUCGCCUCCAAGUGCUUUGGCUCCCUGGCCAGGAGUUCCGGCUCCAACUUGGAAAAGCAUCAGUCGCAUCUCAGCCGGAAAUUUCCAGGCAAAAAGAUGAGGAAGGAGCCAGAUACAGUGAACUCAAGCCAAGACAUCAGCCUAAGGAAAAAGCUUCUCAGAGAACCAAACAAAUACAGUUGUUCAGGCCCUGUCCAACUCACCAGAAGUGCUAACAGAGGCCUAUCAAAUGACCAAAGUGACUCAGUGUGUUCUCAGAGCUCCACUGGUGACUGUAGCCCAGCGAGCCUUCUGACAACGUGUUCAUGCAGCGCUGGCUACGCCACAGGCUUCUCCACCGAACACAGCUCCAUCUACUCCUGGAGAUAUGAUGAGUUUGACCAGGAGAAUACUCAGCAUGUACGACAGCUCUUUAGCGCCCUGGAUGAACUGCUGUAUGAAGGUAAAGUGUGCAGUAAAUCAGAGUCUCUGCGCAAGGAGUGUGAGGAGUGGAACACACACUCCCCCCACCUCAGGAUUUUAGGCAAUCAGUUGGAGCCUCCAAAGCAAGAGGGAAUUCAGUAUGUGCACUGGAGAGCCACUAGCACUAGGACUGCAGCGUCACUUGCAUGCCUGGAUACAAGAGACAACCACAGCGAGCUAUGUGUGGAGGGCCACAGACUAGCCCCGGGAUCCUGGUCUGGUCAGUCUGUACACUCUGGGUUGCCUAUUUCAGAGCUAUCAUGCACUCUUAUCCCUCAAGAGGAGGAGAUCUACGAGGUAGAGGGCAGGAUAGAGGAGUUUCUAGCUUAUGAUGGGAGAGAAACGGACAAUGAGGGAAUGGAUCAGAGGAAGGCCUCAGCCAUUGCCUCCUGGGAUGGUAUCCCCCGCAUGUCCCCCAACGCCUGCAUCCGUGGUGCUGUGGCUGAUGAGCUGUUUGAUGAUGUAUGGCGGGAAGUAGUGUGUUUACUGGAAGAUUUGUUGCGCAAACACUGGGAGAAGCAACAUUCUGACGGCGCAACACAGAGAUGGACGCUGGAGAGCUCAAGCCAAAUCGUUUGUGAAACUUCAUCACACCUCCCAUCAAGGGGAAGCCACAUUUCUCCUAGCAGAGGCCCUAAUAGCAGGAGCAUGUUUCUAUGGCCAAACACCUAUCAUGGGCAGGACUCAAAUGUCUUUAAGACUAAUUUAAAUGGUGUUAUGACAAUCCAAGCAAAGCCUUUGCAACAAAGACAGCAGGGAUAUGGCGAGAGGUCAUUGUGUGACUCAGAUGAUGGAAGCACCAUACUCACCACCCUGAAGACCCCAAGUGGAAUGAGCACACACUCACACAAACCCUCUGGCCAGCGGAUUCUCCCCAGACUCAGCGGCAGAGCUCUUCUGCGACACAACUUCCCAGCACAAAGCUCCCUGCGAGGAACCAGACUAUCCACUGUGGCUGAGGACCUGCUCACUCCACCUGUGAGUGCAGUUCAGAACCACAGACUUCCUCUCAUCCACUCUGACUGUGCAGAGCAAGAUUGUAACAUUCCUGCUCUGAGACAUACACAGCUCAGGGGUCGGAUCAUGAGAGGUGGUGCAGUGCACACAGUGUCCAGCCUCCCACCCCUGAAAGAGCCAACUCUACUGCUGGAGUCCCUAUCCCGCCCCAACACCAACCACACGUUCAGAUCAGAAACACCCAUGAAAAGUUCCUACACAGCCAUGGAUUUUGCCUUUAGUAUGAAGACAGGGAGAAGCCUUUUCACUGGGAACUUCUCCAAAACAGGUGAUGGCACACCUAUGGGUGUAACAGGCUUCAGCAUGGGCAUCACCUCUUCUACAGCUAAUGGCUUUUCUGACUGUGCCACACCACCGAAGAGACGCACACAUCUUCUGUCCUCCUCUGAUGGCGAGGGGGGGAACAUAACUGUACUUGGAUCAUUAGCUCAAACUAGCUCAAGCAGGAGGCGAGUAGAACUGAAUUUUGAUCUCCAUAGAUAUACAGUGCAUUCUUUCAAACUAAAUUGUGCUCGGAAGGCAUUGAGUCGGUUUCCAAUACAUGGGAGGAAGAAGUUUCAUGUUGUAAUGCCACAGCACACUUAAAGGAUGUUUACAAUGCUGAAGGACACUGCAAAGAAUGCAUCUCAUCACCAACUCUAAUAAUGUAGAAGAAUAAUAUAAUUUGGUGCUUUGCAGUAUAUAUUUUACUUGCACUAUCAGAAUGUGUUGUAUUAUGGCCAGUUGCACAGUAAUUUUAUAUUACUGUGGAAACACCCAGAUAUUAGUAAUUAUGCUGACAACAUUUAAAAUUAACAUACGGGUUACCAUUUGUUAUGUUCUCACUUAUUUUGUAUUAGGAAUUACAUGCCUGUGUUAAAUGCCAAGUCAGUGUAUAUGUGAAAAUUACUGUAUCAUUAUGUAGUGCAAUAAAUGAUUUUUACUGUA